GAUAAGCAAACCCUUCAUACAUUAACACAAUUUCAUUUUCAUACUUCACCAACAAACUACAGAUCAAAGAAAGAAAAAGGAGCUUGAGUUGGUUAAAUCUCAUAGUCAAAAAUGGCUUCUGCUUGGGCUUCAUCUGCCAUUGCAGCUGUGUCUUCUCCCAGCUCGCAGAAAGCUGGGUCUGCUUUGGCAGCAACAAAGGCUUCGUUUUUUGGCGGGAGGAAGCUGAGAGUGAGAAACGUGGCAGCACCGAGUGGAUCAUCAUCAACUUCUUUUAGAGUAUGUGCUACUGCUGCUGACCCUGACAGACCCCUAUGGUUCCCGGGAAGCACCCCUCCUCCAUGGUUAGACGGGAGCCUUCCAGGAGACUUUGGCUUUGAUCCGCUUGGUCUUUCAUCUGACCCUGACAGCCUAAAGUGGAACACACAAGCCGAGCUCGUACACUGCCGGUGGGCGAUGUUGGGCGCCGCCGGGAUCUUCAUCCCAGAAUUCUUGACAAAGAUUGGCAUCCUAAACACUCCUUCAUGGUACACAGCAGGAGAACAAGAGUACUUCACUGACACUACCACCCUUUUCAUUGUUGAGCUGAUUUUCAUCGGGUGGGCCGAGGGGAGGAGAUGGGCUGACAUCCUCAAGCCUGGGUCUGUUAACACCGACCCAAUCUUCCCCAACAACAAGCUCACCGGGACAGACGUAGGAUACCCAGGCGGGCUCUGGUUCGACCCACUUGGAUGGGGAAGUGGCUCACCCGAGAAGAUCAAGGAGUUGAGGACAAAGGAGAUCAAGAAUGGGAGAUUGGCUAUGUUGGCUGUGAUGGGUGCUUGGUUUCAACACAUCUACACCGGUACCGGCCCCAUUGACAACCUCUUUGCUCACCUUGCUGAUCCCGGCCACGCCACUGUUUUUGCAGCUUUCAAGUGAGGAAAUAUUGUGGGAGAAUUCCGUUUGGAUUCGAGUUUGGAAGAAGGGGCAACUAUGGUGAUCACAUAUCAUUAAUCUGAGGACAGAGGCUUACGGUUAUGUUUGAAGCCAAGGGAAAUUUGUAGGACUAAGACCUGUAAACUUGUUAUGUGAUUUGAUAGAACCAUCUUCUGGUGUACAAAUAUCUGUUUGGACUUGAACUCCAUAAAUAUGUAUUAAAUCAGUUGUUAACGUGCAAUGUUUGUUAAGUGAAGCAUCACUCUUGUGAGUUGUGACGGAAA